GUCUCUGUGAAUCUGCACUGCAAAGCCGUCGGUAUUGCUCUGGCGCUUCUCAUAUGGUUUGGGGGCGGCGUCAAUCUGAUGGCGGCGCAGCGGCCCAAUGUCGUCGUCAUCUACGCCGACGACAUUGGCUACGGCGACCUCGGCUGCUACGGCGCUAAAACGAUCUCCACGCCACGCAUCGAUGAACUCGCUGCGAACGGCUUGCGGUUCACCUCGGGAUACGCUACCUCGGCGACGUGCACGCCCAGCCGGUUCAGCAUCCUCACGGGUGACUACUCGUGGCGAAAGCCGGGGCGGGGCAUCGCGCCGCCCAACGGCGCCGCGCUGAUCCAGCCGGGCGUCCCGACGAUCGCCUCGGUGCUCCGCGACGCCGGUUAUCGCACGGCGAUGAUCGGCAAGUGGCACCUCGGUCUGGGCGUCCCACCGAAGCCCAAUUGGUCGGGCGAGAUCAAACCGGGCCCCCUCGAAGUCGGCUUCGAUGAGUGCUUCAUCAUGCCAACCACCAAUGACCGCGUGCCGUGCGUGUAUGUCCGCGAUCAUCGGGUCGUCGGCCUCGACCCCACGGACCCCGUGGAUGUCUUCGAUACGAACCCCGACGGACAGGCCACCGGCGUCACGGACCGUGACAGGCUACGCGUCGAUUGGUCUCACGACCACAACGACUCCGUCGUCAACGGCAUCGGCAGGAUUGGCUUCAUGGUGGGCGGCAAUGCUUGCCGCUGGACCGAUGAAGAGAUGGCCGACACGUUUGUUGGCGAGGCGCGGCAGUUCUUGACGCAGAACCACCAGCGGCCGUUCUUCCUCUUCUACUCCGCGCACCAAGCGCAUGUGCCGCGAGCGCCGCACCCACGAUUCGUCGGAUCGACCCCGCACGGGCCGCGUGGCGACGCCAUCGCCGAGUUCGACUGGUGCGUCGGGCAGAUUGUCGAAGAUCUCAGAACCAGUGGUCAACUCGACAACACGCUGAUCCUCAUCGGCAGCGACAACGGACCGGUGCUGGACGACGGGUAUCAGGAUCAAGCGGUCGAGCUCCUCGGCGAGCACCGCCCCGCCGGUCCCUAUCGCGGCGGCAAGUACAGCCGCUUCGAGGGGGGGACGCGCGUCCCCUGGAUCGUCCACUGGCCCGCACGCAUCAAGCCCGGCGCCUCGGACGCCCUGAUUAGCCAAGUCGAUGUGCUCGCCUCGCUCGCCACGAUCACCGGAGCAAACAUCCCGAAAGGGGCGGCGUCCGACAGCCUCGACCUCAGCGCGACGCUGACGGGCGAAUCGACUCAAGGCCGUGAGUUCGUUGUCGAGCACUCGGGGAUGGCCAGCGCCCUGGCGAUUCGGCAAGGCGACUGGAAGUACAUCGAGCCGUCGCCCGGCCCCGCUGUUCUGGGGGGCAAAGCCGCCGAGACCGCCAACCAUCGCCAGGACCAGUUGUACAACCUCGCCGACGACGCCGGCGAGAGGCGUAACGUCGCGAGAUCGCACCCGGCCAAGGAGACGCUACCGGUGAAUAGGUUUCAUCUCAAUCGAUGGCGUCUCUCUUCGGCGAUUCGGCUUAGCACCGUGCGAUACGCACUUUCGAUGGCAAUUGCUGGGACGCUCUUUGCGUUCACCCUGCAUUCAACGCACGCGGCGCCGAAUCUGGUGAUGAUUGUCGUCGAUGACCUGGGGUGGGCCGACGUCGGCGCCAACAACCCGGAAGCGUUCUACGAAACGCCCAGCAUCGAUCGCUUGGCGGCCUCCGGCGUACGGUUCACCAAUGCCUACGCCACGUGCUCGGUCUGCUCGCCCAGUCGCUACAGCCUGUUGACGGGACGUUACCCCGCGCGCGCCUACGUAACGGACUGGUUUACAGGGGAUCGAACGGGCCGCUUUAGCCAUGCCCCUUACGAGAGCCGCUUGCCAGCCAACGAGCUCACUAUCGCCGAAGCUCUGAAGGAAGCGGGCUAUCGGACGUUCUUCGCAGGCAAGUGGCACUUGGGGGAUGCGGAAGAGGACUGGCCCGAGCACCAUGGCUUCGAAGUCAAUCGCGGCGGGCACGGCGCGGGAUCGCCGCCGGGCGGUUACUUUGCUCCGUACAAGAACCCGCGUCUCGCCGAUGGUCCGGCAGGCGAGCAUCUUCCCAGGCGUCUCGCUCGCGAGACCUGUAACUUCAUCGAGGCCAAUCAGGAGAGACCGUUCUUCGCGUGCCUCUGGUUCUACGAAGUUCACAAUCCGCGGCAGGCGCCCGAAGAGCUGAUCGAGAAGUACCGCAGUAAGGCCGCCAAGCUAGGUCUCGAUCCAAAGGGAAGUUUCAAGACCUGCGAGCAGGUGUGGCCCGUCAAGGCGGCGCGGCAAGUCCGCGUCGAGCAGAGCCAGCCCGAGUACGCCGCGAUGGUUGAGUCGAUGGACAUCGCGGUGGGUACAGUGCUCGAUAAGCUCACCGCGUUGGGUCUUGAUGACGACACGCACGUUGUCUUUACGUCCGACAACGGCGGUCUCUCCACGGCCGAAGGACUCAACACCAGCAAUCUGCCGCUCGCCGGCGGCAAGGGUUGGCUCUACGAAGGGGGCGUCCGCGUCCCGUUGAUCGUUCGCUCGCCCGCCGCGACGAGCAAGCCCGGGAGUGUCUGCGAUGCUCCGACCACGGCGACGGACCUCUAUCCAACAUCGCUCGCCUUGCUGGGGCUGGCCCCACGCCCGGAUCAGCACCUCGACGGCGUCAGCAUGGCGCCACUCUUGAAAGACGAGCGGAUCGAGCGGGGACCGAUGUACUGGCACUACCCCCACUACAGCAAUCAGGGCGGCUUCCCAGGCAGCGCUAUGCGGGACGGGCGCUGGAAGUUGAUCCAGCGGCACGAAGAUGGUCGCGUUCACCUUUACGAUCUGGAGUCGGACAUCGCCGAGCAACAGGACCUAGCGGAGGAACAACCCGAGCGCGUCGCCCAAAUGCUCGAGCAGCUCGAAGCGUGGCGACUUGAGGUAGACGCUCGCUUCUUGGAGCCGAAGGGUGGCAAUAAGCCUUGGCCUUCGUACGGCGCCGACGCCCGCCGGCAUCUUUGCAGCGGUUCCAUGAUGAUCAAGUUCCCUCAACUCGGCCCCGUUAUCUGCGUCGCGUGCUGCGCGAUGUCGGCACAUGUCGCGGUCGCCGAUUGGCCCGCCGAGUCCGCUCCGCCGCCCGCCCUCGAACAAGGGGGCUACGAGCUUGCGUGGGCCGACGAGUUCGACACCGACGGCGCGCCCAAUCCGGCCAAUUGGAGCAAUGAACACGGCUUCGUCCGCAAUCAAGAGUUGCAGUGGUACCAGCCGCAGAACGCGACGGUUGAUGAGGGGAAACUCGUCAUCCAGGCCGUUCGUGAGCGCGUCGAUAAUCCUAAUUACCGCGAGGGGAGCCGAGCGUGGGACACCCAACGCGAGUUCGCGGAGUACACCUCGUCAUCGCUCAAAACUCAAGGCAAGCGAGAGUGGCUUUUCGGCCGGUUCGUGAUGCGCGCCAAGAUCCCGACCGCGCCGGGCAUGUGGCCGGCGUUUUGGACGCUCGGGGACGGUAGCUGGCCCCGCUGCGGUGAGAUCGACGUGAUGGAGUACUACCGCGGCAUGAUCCUCGCCAACGCGGCGUGGAAGGGUAAAGGCUGGAAGCCCAAAUGGGACGCCGUCCAGGCGCCGAUCGAUCAGCUGGGCGACGCCAACUGGGCCGAUCAGUUCCACGUCUGGCGUAUGGACUGGACAAGCGAGCGGAUCGAUCUCUACGUUGACGACCGGUUGAUCAAUUCGAUCGAUGUCGCCGCAGCCGACGGCAGCGGUCACAACCGCGCAAACCCGUUCCGCAAGCCGCACUACCUGCUGAUAAAUCUCGCGCUGGGUGGAAUGAACGGUGGAGAUCCAACCGAUGCGAGCUCACCCGCUCGCUACGAGAUUGAUUACGUUCGCGUGUAUCAAGUCAGCGCCAGUGGCGAAAGUGCUGAUCGAUAA